AUGGCUGAAGCUACCCCCGUUGCCGCAGCUCCCGCUGCUCAGCCAGCCACAAAGGAUGUCUUACUCCUCGCCAAGGGUGUUUCUUUAUCCCUAACAAAUAUUUCGUUAAUCGUUAAAGACAAAAACCACGCCAAGCAACACCGAAAGAAGUUCUGCGGCAUUCCCGUGGGCAGUAUCCCUACUGAAUUUUCGAUUCCUCUUUACAAUAUCCUCUGGGCCGAGGUCGUCGCCGAACACUUGAUCCUUGACUAUGCGGACCCGGUAUCUAAGAAGCACCUCCGCGCCGUCAAGUUAUCUUACGCGCUUGGCGAGACCGUCCCCGAUGUGGUAGACGCGUGGGUUAGCAUGGUUCUCGAACAGGCGUACGGGACCGCUCAGCGCAAUAAGCGUGCCAAAGUAUUGGUCAACCCUCAUGCGGGACCCGGAGGUGCCGAUAAGACGUGGGAACACGACGUAAAGCCGCUAUUCGAAGCGGCUCGCAUGCCGCUAGACGUAGUGCGGACAAAAUUCUCGGGCGAGGCCGUCGGAAUCUGCGAACAGCUCGAUAUCGAUGCGUACGACAUCGUAAUCCCUUGCUCGGGUGAUGGGUUGCCGUACGAGUGCAUAAACGGCUUGGGGAAACGACCCGACGCGCGUAAAGCCUUGCACCAGGUGGCUAUAGCGCAUAUACCAUGCGGCAGCGGGAACGCGAUGAGUUGCAACUUGAAUGGCACGCACCGGCCGAGCUUCGCGGCACUCGCCAUCAUCAAGGGAGUAAGAAUGCCGAUGGAUCUGAUGAGCGUUACGCAAGGGGAUAAGCGAAUGCUUAGUUUUCUGAGCCAGUCGGUUGGCAUUAUAGCGGAAUGCGACUUGGGAACGGAAAACCUGCGUUGGUUAGGUGCCGCGCGGUUUAACGUCGGGCUCGUGCAGAGGAUAUUCAGCAAGAAGCUGUACCCGUGCGACAUAUCGAUGAAGGUAGAGAUCCCGGAGAAGGCGGAUAUCAAAGCGCACUACAAGCGCGAGCGCAAUGGAAGCGACCAUACUACGCGGAGAGAGAACGGUGUUACGAAGGAAGCAUCCUCAGCGGGAGAAUCUACCUCGAGCGAGACAGAUUCGGGAGAGGGUUUACCACCGUUAAGAUUUGGGACGGUAAAUGACAAAAUUCCCGACGACUGGGAGACGGCUUCGUAUGAUAAGCUUGGGAAUUUCUAUUGCGGAAAUAUGGCGUGGAUGGCUCCGGAUGCCAACUUCUUUACGGCGGCGUGCCCCAACGACGGGAUGAUGGAUGUCGUAUUCAACGACGGCGAUAUCUCGGCGGCCAAGUAUCUCGAGCUGCUAACGUCGGUCGAGAACGGUCGGUUGUUUGACAACCCUCACGUAUCGUACCGGAAAGUUGUCGCCUAUCGUUUCACACCUCGCAAUCAGAAAGACGGCUACAUUAGCAUCGACGGCGAGCACGUCCCAUUUGAGCCAUUCCAGGUUGAGAUUCACCAAGGAUUGGGCACCGUAUUAUCGAAGAAUGGGAAGUACGAAGCAGCCGGUCCGGCUGGCUGGGAGAAAGCCAUUGUAUAA